AUGGAAUUCGAGUUCCUAAGAGCUGCAUACAAUAACAUUGACACUGACUCGACCUUUAUUGUAGAUAUAAGUGACCCAGAUAUGCAAAACACUCUCAUGGAUUUUAUGCGUUCAGGUUUAGUCACUUACGCUGGCCGGUCUCGCUUGCAGUACGCUGCACCGCUUAUCCGAAUAAUCAUGGGGAAACGCCUGUACACCCAUCGUCUAGGUCUUGCUCCCUCUGGAAAUAAUUUUGAACAGUUUUUGCGUCUCAGUAUUGAGCGCAUGCGACCAUCGGAGUUAUGCAGUUCUCUGAGCCACGGACUGGAUAAGAACUCGCGGCUCUUAGAGAGAGCAUGGCAGAAAGAGUGGACAAUGGCUGCGAGCACUGCUGUGCCCUCUGGUCAUACCAUUAGUCCUGAUGUAGGUGCAGUAUUUCGUUCGUCAGGGUUCUUGAAUUUUUAUAUUAAUGGUGGCCUUAAUUGGGGUGUGGAACUAAUGCGGGAAGGCGAAAGGAUGAGUCAGCACAUUAACCGUUUCAAGCCCAAGGGCACAUACGAGAAUAUUCCCCUCACUGCUUGGGCCAUAAUCGACUUUCGCCACAAUUCUCUGAUACCUAACUGCCAAACCAUGGAGGACAACAUCUGGUAUGCGCUUUAUGCAAAUGACUACAGUAUCAUAACCAUAAUGCGUAAAGACAAAACGGAUGAGACAAUAAGACUACGUGGUGAUGACCCAGAACUCUUUCCCAAUGAUAGACAAAACUGA